UCAGAAUAAAUGUCAAAUAUGAUCCAGCUGCAAGAGAUGGAGAUGAAAGGUGCUAGUGGAGGGCCAGAGUAUGAGCGGAAACUCCUGGAAGUGGUGCACUCCCUGGAUGGGAAGCUCCCAGACUCCAAGCCCCAAGAUGGGGACCCAACCCCAAGAGCAGGGGCUCCUGGCCAUCCGACUGCACCAUCACCAUCCCCUGAGGAGUUGCGUCAGCUAAAGAGCAAGUACAGCAAGGCAAAGCGAAUCAUCCGGGAGCUGGCCAAACGGGAGAAGCAUUGGCUGACCUUGGUGCAGGACCGGGACACAGAGUACGAGACGAUGCUGACUGCGCUGUCGCAGCGGGUUGCCACACUCACCCAGACCCUGGCUGAUGUGAAACAACGCACUGGACUCCAGCUCAGUCUGCCCACACAUCCUCAAAUUACCCCUCUAUUGGAAAAGAGGCUCAAGGCCCCAACCUUUGGAUUGAGUCCAAUUUCAGACCUGGACUUCUCAGAUCUGGACUCAACCACCUCUGACACCAGUAGCCAUGAUGAAGAAUCCUCAAUCUCCUCAUCCAAGGCCUCGACAACAUUGGUGGGAGUAGGGAUGAACGUGAAGGAGGAGUUGGAUCGGGCUGUACCUCCCACUCAACUCCUGGAUGUCUCUGCACAAAAGCAGAAGGCUGAACUUGCCUCUCGUGGCUCCCUUGCCAAUCGCCAGCUCCCCUCAAUGCUUCGAAAGUCUGAGGAAGAGAGAGGUGGUAACUGGUCUGACUCCUCAACUGUGAUUGGCUCGAACGAGACUUUCGCGUAUUCGUCCUCUGCAUACAGCAGCACCCAUUCGUACAGAAGUGCCCAGUCUGCGGCGUUUGUCCAUUCAUCCCAGUCUCGCUUUGCCCCUCCGGCACCUGAUGCGGGCCCCCUUUCUCAACAGCUGAGGCAGGUCCUCGGUUCACAUUACCAUCAGCAUCACCAUGAGAAGGCUUCUAACUUAAUUGAAGGAGGCUCCUCUGCAUCAGCUGUUCCUCCCCCUCCUGUGCCUGGGAACUCAAACAUCGUUCCUGCUAGCCUUGUGCAGGAGAUUCGACAAGCCGUUCAAGAGGCCAAUGCACGGGUGAAACGAGUAUUGCCACCCACCCCUCCAGGACAACUUCAGUCAUCCCCUGACUGGAGAACUCCCAGCGCAACGAUCACAGACAUGACCGGUCCUCACCCACACCCCUCUUAUCACCCUCACGCCCACAUGGCCUCUGGAUCCCCACAGUACCAGGGGAGGUACUGGGGUACGUCCUCAAGCUCCAUCCCUCCUCCCCAGCCCCAGGAGUUUCCGGUUCCCAGACGAUACAACGAAUCCUCCAACUCGAGCCUCACCUCGCCGUCAUCUGCCAGCGGUUCUUCGUUGGCAUCCCCACAGGAUGCAUCACUGAGCAGCAGCUCGUUGAGCUCCCUGGGGCGGGGUGAUGGUCAGAGAGUGUCGCCUGUUCUUUCUCAUGUAUGGCAGAGUGGUUCCAUCACUGACUGGGGAAAGGAACAGGUGUGUCAGUGGCUCCUGGGAAUUGGAAUGGAGUGCUAUACAACAGUGUUCCUUAAGAAUGGGGUCACGGGCCAGGACCUCGUGGCCAUGGACACAGGGAUGCUGAAAGCCCUCGGAGUUGCUGCCGAAGACCGCAAAGAGCUGAAGAAACGCAUCAAGGAGUUGCGAAGUCGCGAAGAGCGCGAGCGUAAGGAGUUGGAGAAGGAGCGGAAGCUCAAGGAGAGGCAGCAGAAGAAGGCGGCCAAGCAGACCACCAAGGGCAAGUGACGGUUCCCGCACGCCUCACCCGAGUGUCGGCUGUGAUUUUUUUUUCCUUCAAUAUUCUCAUCGCAUUCUUCUUCCAUUUUACCAUCCUGAAAUCAAAGUUUGAAUCUACUUAUUCUUGCCAGCAUCCAGGGUCAGACCAAGGCAGCUACCUUGAAAUGACAUUGCCCACAGCUCAUGAAUCCCAAACGUUUUUAAUGGAAGAACCCCAUGAAUUCUUUUCUUUCAGAGACCAUAGCACAUUGACUGUGUCAUGGGAUAAUUUAUUCCCUUGUUAUUUUAUAUAUUUUUACUUUAAACUCCUGCUGCUGCUGCCCGUUCUGAGUUGAUAUUAUGUCGUGAUGGCGGAUGCAAGGUUUCAAUUCUGCUCAUGUGCCCUCACAUACAUGACCAAAAAAACUUUUUCAAUUUCAUUCUGACAGAAAACUUUUUUGAAUGCAUAUGAUUGUAUUGAAGACAUAUUUAAUGCUUUGUGGAUUUGAACAUUUUUAUGUCAUUCGGUCGAGGAUGACCAUUCCACCCUUGAUUGUGCCAAGGUUCCAGCUCAAUAUUGCCUGGGUUUGUGAUGCAACCUCAGUUUGCGAUAUGCAAAAUGAUUGCUCCUCCGAUAUUUUUUAUUCUUGUUUUUGUUCAUGGGCAAUUCUCUUGCCUGGGAUUUGCAACUAUUUCUUUUUUAAAAAUCGAACGGUAUUUAUGUGGCAACUGAAAGUGAUCGAGUGCAUGUAGAGCACAGAACUUUUGUCUUUUUUGUUGGAAGCCUCUUUGUGCAUGUGCGGAUAGGUGCAAGCUGCUCCUAGUCUCUCUGUCUAUCAGUAAAGGAUCAGUUGUAUACGA